AUGGCGACGGUGAUAGGAGUGGGAGUAGGAGUUGCUGCUGCUGCGUUCUUAGGGCGAGCGGGCCUAGUAGCGUUCAGAAAAUAUCGCGGUGGAGCAGCAGGCGCGCGCGCUUUGGGCAAGGCUUACUACAAAGGCGGCUUUGAGCCUAGGAUGAAUAGAAGGGAGGCGUCGUUGAUAUUACAGCUCAAUGAGCGCAUGCUUACAAAAGAGAAAAUACGGAAAAAUCAUCGACAACUUAUGCUGCUGAACCAUCCAGAUAGAGGGGGAAGUCCGUAUUUGGCUACGAAAGUGAAUGAGGCGAAAGAGUUGCUGGAGAAGAGUUCGGGACAUUUAUGA